GAGACUGCAUCGAGGCAAGAUGUCGUCUGCGAGUGGUGACGAAAACGAGAUUGCUUUAAAUGAACCCGUACGACGCACAAGGUCCGGCCGUACGCGCAAGACCACCGUGGUGGCAAAGAAAUCGCCUGUGAAGAAACUUCUGGCAAGAGCGACACGUUCGCCGAAAAAAGUGCAAGAAAUCGAAGAGGUCGAGGAGGAGGAACCCGUAUUGCAGGAGGGGAUUAUUAUGGAAAGCAUUCCAGAGAAUGGGGUGCAAAGAUUCGGUGAUAUUAUAAUACAGCCACACAAUGAGGAUGAAUCUUCUAUAUUACAUUUAGAACUAGAUGAUUCUGCUGAUACCACUGUUCAUGAGAUUAAUAUGAAUCAAAGUGUACACAUAGAAGGAGAUCAAGAAACCAUACCAGGCUUAGACACAUCUGAGUCUGAAAUUGAUCAUUCUAAUGUAGUGUCGGACCAUAUAAUCAUAGAAGAGGCUAGCAUGGAUAAAGUUGAAAUAUUAAGUGAACAGGAGCAAAUAGAUAUGGAGGGUCAAGAUAUGAGCAACGACGAGACGAAUGAACGUGUAUUGAUAGAUUUCCAAGAAGUCAUAACUGACGAUGGAGAACCUAUAACACAUGUAACAGAAAUUUUAGAGACAGAGGAAGUCGAGUCUGAAACCAUUUUAACCGAAGGUACCGAGGGAAUUGAAGUUAUGGAAGUAGAUGAUUCUCAGCACGAAGUAUCGGAAGUUCUGGAGACUGUUAUAGAAAAGUUGCCCGAUAUGGAAACAACGGAAAUAACGGAAAUCGCAGAGGAGAUGGAUGUCAGUGAGGACUGCUCACCUCAAAGUGCUAUUAAGAAAACGGAACCCGAUACAGAAGCAGUAUCAGAAGAUGAAUUGCCUACCGAAGCCACAGCAAAGGAGCCUGAGACAGAAGCAGUGUCCGAUGAAGAAUUGCCAGCAGCAGCUCCUGCAGAUUUGGGAGAAACCGAGUCAGUUUCGGAAGAUGAAUUGCCGCCAGACGGUGAAAAGAAGAAGAAAAGCGGAAUAAAAGCAAUGAGUAAAACUCCGGAAAAGAAAAAUAAAGCGGAAGGCGGAAACAAACGUAAGUUGAACGCAGAAGGAGAAUAUGAUCCUAGUUCACCGACUUCUGAAAAUAAUGAUGAAACGCCGGCCAAAAAGGUGGCACUCUCAGCCGAAGCGGAUACCGGUGACAAUAAGCAAGAAAUCAAACCUGCAUCACCGAAGAAAAAGACUCUACCAGAAUUAGAAAAAUAUUGGAAAGCGGUUAAUGAGGAUCCAUCGGAUUUCACAGGAUGGACGUAUCUUCUUCAGUACGUUGAUCAAGAAAAUGACGCGGAAGCUGCUCGUGAAGCUUAUACCAAAUUUUUGGAGCGUUAUCCAUAUUGCUACGGUUACUGGCGAAAGUUUGCUGAUUACGAGAAGAAGAAGGGGAACCCCGAAAAUGUCCAAAGGGUAUUCGACCAAGGUCUGAAAGCUAUUUCGCUCAGUGUCGACCUUUGGCUCCAUUACAUCAACCACUGCAAAACUGUCUAUGAAAAGGAUGAAGAAAAGCUUCGAGAACAAUACGAAAGAGCUAUUCAGGCGUGUGGUCUCGAAUUCAGAUCUGAUCGUCUUUGGGAAAGCUACAUAAAAUGGGAGCUGGAAGGCAAACGUCUUAGCAGAGUAACAGCACUGUACGAUCGAUUGCUGUGUACUCCCACGCUCGGCUACAUUUCCCACUUCGACGCAUUUCAAGAAUUCGUUUCCUCAAAUUUACCAAACCGUAUUUUGAGCGUUGACGAUUUCCUCGCGUUGCGCGCCGAGGUGAAGGCACUUUUGAAAUCUGACGACAGCAGCACCACGUCUGCGGCAGAUGAUGCACCACCUGGAGAAGAACCUCCACCGCACGAGCUUCCACCGACCGACGAAGAAACUCGUGCUAUCAGAGAGAAAAUCAUUAGUAGCAGGCGUAAAAUGCACAAAGCGAAUAUCAACGCAGUCGCCGCGAGAUGGUCCUUCGAGGAAGGAAUCAAAAGGCCGUAUUUCCACGUGAAACCUUUGGAACGAUGUCAGUUGAAGAAUUGGAAAGAGUAUUUAGAUUUCGAAAUCGAGCAAAAAGAUCAGAACCGGAUAAUUAUCUUAUUCGAAAGGUGUUUGAUAGCAUGUGCUCUGUAUGAUGAGUUCUGGAUGCGGUUUGUUCGCUAUUUAGAAUCCUUGAAGGGUGAUAACGUCGAGAAGAUAAGGGACGUCUAUUCGAGAGCUUGUAUGGUGCAUCAUCCGAAGAAACCGAAUUUGCAUCUACAGUGGGCGACAUUUGAAGAGGGCCAGGGUAAUUUUGAGAAAGCAGCAAGCAUAUUAGAAAACAUUGAUAAUGUAUUACCAAAUAUGUUACAAGUGGCAUAUCGAAGAAUAAACUUGGAACGUAGACGAGGAGAUUUGGAUAAAGCCUGUACAUUGUAUGAAAGUUACAUUAGUAAUAGUAAGAAUAGAACAAUCGCAAAUAAUAUCGCAGUGAAGUAUGCACGAUUCUUGUGUAAAGUCAAAAACGACGUGGAUAAGGCGAUCAAAGUAUUACUAAAGGCUACAGAAAAAGACAAGGAUAAUCCGAGACUCUAUUUGCAAUUGAUCGAUCUGGGAAUGCAAAGGACCCCAGUCGACACGCAAGAAAUUGUAGGGUACAUGGAUAUGUUCAUAGAACGGGAGCAUGCCGAUCUCGAACAGCGUGUACUUUUUGCGCAGCGUAAAGUAGAAUUCCUUGAGGAUUUCAGUCCCGAUAUUCGGCAAGUGUUAAAAGCCCAUGAGCAAUUCCAAAAAUGCAUUAAACAGGCAAAGGAACGGAAGAAGACGAAAAGCGACGACACCAAAGCAGAUACUUCCCCUCCAAAGAAAGUUAAAACCGGUGACCAGACAAGCAUACCACCACCGCCCUCUGUCAGUUCACAGUCAUCGUAUCAGUACACCAGCGGCCCGAGCGGACCUUAUCAGUCGCAGCAGCAAUUUCAGAGCGGUCAGUACGGCGGACAAGGUGGAUAUCAACAGGGCUAUCAACAGUACCCACCCCCGUCAGACCCUAAUUAUGCCAAUUAUAAUUGGCAAUACGGACAAGGUGGACCUCAAGCAUAUGGACCUUACAAUCAGUGGGGAUCUUACAAUUAUUACUAGUGGACUACCCAAUGUUUUAUCUCUAUCGGCUUUCAUUACGUUACUGUGUCUACUGUACAUUUUAUCAAUCUUAUUCUUCUUUCGUUCGAAGAUGAUCGACGAGAAAAGGGAAAUGAAAUCCUUUAAAGUUCCAAUGACACAUCAGCGACCUGACACGAAUCCUAAUGCUACACAUCAUACUGGUGUCUCCCUAUUCAAUACAACCAACCGAUUCUUUGCAUGACUUCUGUCCUUAAUGUAUUUUUAAGUAAUACACAGUAGUAUAGAGAAUCUAAUAAAUUUACGACCGUUGAUAAAUAUACCCGUCGCAAUUGUGACAUGAUAACAUAGUUCACAAAAAGAAAAAAAGAAAAAAAGAAAAAAAUGCCAUACAGUACCACCAGAGUGAAGUAACGCCUAUGUUCAAUGUUUUCUAUAUACAUCAUAUUACAAGAUAUCUCGUAUCCGCGUCAGAUUAACGGGAUACAACGUUUUGAUGCUUUGAUAUUUUUAUUCCGUGACGUUAUUUCUUCGACAGGGAAUUAGUAAUUCAUGAGUGUUGCCUUUAACUUGUAACAAGAAUUCUUCUUUUCGCGCGUACUUAGUUUAUGGUAAUAUAGUUUCUAGCGUGCGUCAAACGUAUCGCUUGAAAGACGGUAGAAUAUAUAUAUAUAUAUAUACAUAUAUAUAUAUAUAUAUGUAUAUAUAUUAGAGUUUGAAUGCCCUAGAAAUUUCACGCAAGCACACUUUGUGACAUAUUCACGGAAUAUCGUUAACAUUUGUCGAUACAGUUUUGAUAAAGGAGCGAACCGAGAGGCGCGACUGGGUUUCCAUAAUAUAUGUUCGGUUGUAGAGAAUGAUCGUUGGUACCCAUUGAAAUUCUUGAGUUACAGAUGCAUGUUAUUUUGUAUGUUGUAAUUUUCGCAUUUGUAACUAGGAUUUGAAUUUAGUUUGAAAUCGGCACAAAAAUCACAUACGUGAUAGUACAUCGUUUCCGUAUGUGAAUUUUUAUAAUUUGCAAUAAACGAAACAAAAAAUUAUGCAAACAAGUUGUAGCGGUAAUAGUGAAUUGUUUGUAUUGAUUCAGAAGUUUAAGGUAAUAUAUUUGUAAUUGUCAAGAUAAGAGAAUAUAAUUUUAAUUUUGUGAA